AACAUGGGGUUUACCUGUCCUCUGGGGUUUAAGCGGCACUCUUUCCCCUUUUAGGGUUCUUGGGCGUCCUCCAGGUGAGAAUAGCCAUGGCUGGAUCGGCCACUGCAUUCUCAAAGAUUUCCUUCGCUUCUAGUUGCUCCUUGCUGGAAUCCUUGCGCGCCAGGCAUCUACCGCGUGGAUUGGGGCAAUUCGGCUGCGCAUCGCGUAAUCUUAAGCUAAGGAAUCGAGCGAUGGCUACCACGGCAUCUAAGGAAUCGGCGGAGAAUAAUCCCGGCUUGAGUGAAUCACCGGAUGAGGCAACCAAAGGCUAUAUCGUGCAGCAAACUAUGUAUCGGAUCAAGGAUCCAAAAGCGAGCUUGGAUUUCUACUCGCGCGUCCUUGGAAUGACGCUUUUGAAAAGGCUAGACUUCCCGGAUUCGAAGUUCUCGCUAUACUUCGUAGGAUACGAGGAUUCGGCCGAGGCUCCAAAAGACCCGAUCGAGCGUGUUCGCUGGACUUUCAGGAGGAAAGCAACCAUAGAACUGACACACAACUGGGGGACUGAGACGGAUCCAGAGUUUAAAGGCUACCACAAUGGAAAUGCUGAUCCUCGCGGCUAUGGGCACAUUGGAAUCUCUGUGGACGACACCUACAGGGCUUGCGAGAGAUUCGAGAAACUUGGCGUGGAGUUUGUGAAGAAACCGGACGAUGGAUCAAUGAAGGGUCUAGCGUUCAUCAAGGAUCCAGAUGGUUACUGGAUUGAAAUUUUCGACGCUGGUAGAAUCGGUGGUAUUGUAGCUGGAUCGGCGUGAUCGAAUCAAAGAAUGCGAUCUAUAGAGUAACGAUCGUGGCAGAGCUUUAAAUGCUGCUAAUAAACGGUCAGUUAUAUAAUAAUUCGCGAAUAUUCGAUUUCA